GCUGCCUCCUUCAGGAGGCCAGGGCCCCGCCAGUACCGCGGGUUGUCCAAAAGUUGUUGCCUACGGGAAUUGUCGGUGGGCGGAGCGGGGAGCUGUCCGAAAAUUAGAAUUUCCGGGAGGCGUCGGUGGGCGGAACGCGGGGAGCGAGCGACGGGGGAGCUGGAUGGGGGAGUACCGAGGCAUUGAAGGGGAACGCUUUAAGCGACGGACCGCGGCGCUGGAAGAUGGCGGCGGUGCCGAAGGUGCUGUGCUCAGAGAAGGGAGUGUUGCUCAGGCAGAUGUUGGCCCUCAGCAGAGCAGCAACAGCCAGAGAAAACCUUCUGUGUGCUGCAGGUGAUGCACUCCUGGCUUCCCACAGAUCCUACAGGUCCCGACCUACACAUGGAAUUGGGAGGUUUAAAUACCUGCUCCCAAAGGAGGUUCCAAAGAGGAGAAAGGAAAAGGUGCAGAUGAAAGAGAUCAGUGCUGGCACCGAGUACCAGUAUGGAGAUAUCAACAUCCAGAUGACUUCCCAUGACCUGUGCCUGGUGGAGCACUUUGCUCAGUAUGUGCACAGGCUCUGCAACCGCCUCUCCAUCCGGGUCAAUGAGAGCUACGCCAUGCCCACCAAAACCAACGAGGUGCUGUUCCUGGAAGAGAGGGGAUCCAAAAUGCAGCUGGAUGCAGUCCUUACCACCCACCAGAGGGUUGUCCAGAUCCGCGGUUUGAGCUCCACGUUUGCUCCCAUCCUGCUGGAAGUCAUUCAGAGCAGCCAGCCUGAGGGGGUGCACCUGCUGAUGAAACAGCACACGGAAGCCGAUUUCAAGAGCCGGCUGAAGUCUCGACCAGAGCUGGAGGAGCUGCUGGCAGAGAUGUCCUGAGGUGGGAAUUUCUGCAGAAAUCUCUGUGCAUGAAUAAUGCUGUGCUGCAACAAUCCUGGGAAUUGUUAUAACCAAAUUAGAUGGAUGCCAAGAGAAA